AUGCAUCGUAACAAUGGAGAAGUGAUAGUUAAAGAUAAGGAAUGGGGAAAGUCCUACGAUGAGAACAACGUCAUUGAUGGUGAUCGACAAGUGGCAUAUGGACAUAAUGGAGCCGAACGGCAAACAUCAGCCAUUGUACACGUUACACAACGGCUUGCUAUCUAUCCAUCAGCCACUGGAGGUCCAAAAGAACUAGCAACUGAGUUUUCGAGAAACGUGGUACUGCAAUCAUUAAACAACGCUCCCCAUUGGGACCAUCAUACCACUGAGAUUCUGGCAACGGUUGGUUUCCGCUUACCAUCACAUGAGGGAAUUCACCAUCGAUUAUGA